UCGCAGCCGGACGGUCGCCGAACCAAGUCAGAGUGUCAGUGUUCGCGUGCGGUGCGGUGCGCUGCGUCAAGCUCGUAGGCGCACGCGGUAGUGCCGUGUGCUGAGCCGAGCCGAGGUCAAUAAACAACAGAGGCAGUCAAAACAGUCGGGUUUCGGUCUAGAGGUGAUCGGAUUCUAGACACACCGUGUACUCACUUGCCGGUCUCCCAGCGAACAGCCGUCCCGUCCAAGAAGGCCCCAUGCUGUCAGCUCUAGCUGAUCUCGUUCUAGUGCACAGGAAGUAGUGGUGUGAGAGAGAAAGUCGCAGUCGCAGAGAAAUGACACACGGACCGGCACCGGCUAGCCGCCAGCGGCAGCAGCAGCAGCAGCAGCUGGUCAGCGAUAUCGAGCACACCACCUCCUCCAAGGGCGACCUACCGGGGCUUCCGACACCGCCCGACGGUGGCUGGGGCUGGAUGGUGGUGUUGGCCUCAUUCAGCAUCCACAUUGUCACGGAUGGGCUGACCUACUCGUUCGGUAUAUUCUACUCGGAGUUCCUGACCUACUUCAACGAAGGCAAGGGCUACACGGCCUGGAUCGCGUCGAUCCUCGUCGGUGUCACGCUAUGCUCGGGUCCCAUCUCAUCGUCGCUGGUGAAUCGGUACGGGUGCCGUGCGGUGACGAUAGCCGGUGCGCUGCUGGCCAGCGCUUCGCUCGCCCUCAGCAUGUACGCCACCAGCGUGUUCAUGCUGUUCAUCACGAUCGGGCUCGGCACCGGUCUCGGGCUCGGUCUGAUCUAUCUGCCGGCCAUCGUCAGCGUGACGAUGUACUUCGAGCGGCUGCGUUCGCUCGCGACCGGCAUAGCCGUGUGCGGGUCGGGCCUCGGUACUUCCAUCUUUGCGCCGCUCACCGAAACCCUGAUCAAGCGCUACCAGUGGCAGGGCGCCAUGCUGGCGAUUGCCGGCAUCGUGCUGAUCUGCGUCGUGUUCGGCUGGAUGUUCCGUCCGCUCACCGCCGACGCCGAUGGGCCACCGUCGAGCAAGAUGCGUGAUGUAGAGGGCGCCAGCAUCCCACUGCAACAUUCCAACACCGCUCCACUUGGCGCCAACGAUCCGAAGCAGACGGCCGACGGCGAGGCGAGCAACCUGACACGUUCCAACAGCUACGGCAUCCUGGGCGGCAACACUCCACGGAUCAAUCUGAACGCGAAUGGUCACUCCGUCAGUGGGGAUACCCUGGACAAGCGACCAGCGGUCCCGGUCGGCGGUGGACAGCUGAUGGACGAGGCGAAACGCUUGCGGCAGAGCCAACCGCUGCUGGCUGGAGGGGGCGCCGUCGCCGAGCAGACACUGAAACGCGCAGAAAGCGGCACCAUGUACCGGAAGGAUGCCCUCUACACCGGCUCGGUGCACAACAUGGCGUCCCGGCACCCGUCCCAGACGACGCUGUCCGAGUACGAGAAGGGUAGCUACGGCUCGGUACAGGGCACGGGCCGUAGUCGCCACCAUCGCGGGUCGGUGGCACCCGAGCCUGACACCGAUACGGAGCGCUGCCUCGGGUGCGUGCCAUGUUCGCGCGAAACCUGCGAUACGUUCCGCGAGAUGAUGAACUUCUCCAUCCUGAAGGACCCGGUGUUCAUCGUGUUCACCGUGUCGAACUUCCUGACCAGCAUCGGGUUCAACGUGCCGUACGUCUACCUGACCGAGCAGGCGCUGGCGAUUGGCAUCGACACGCAGCACUCGAGCUACCUGAUCGGCAUCAUCGGCAUCGCCAACACGGUCGGCCGGAUCGUGCUGGGCUACAUCUCCGACAAGCCGUGGGUCAACCGACUCGCGGUGUACAACUGCUCGCUGACCGUUUGUGGCGUGGCGACGGCCUGCUCGGUGCUGUGCACCAGCUACGAGAGCCUUGCCGUCUACUCGGCCGUCUUUGGCUUCACGAUCGGCGCCUACGUUGGGCUCACCUCGGUCAUCCUGGUCGACUUGCUCGGACUGGAGAAGCUGACGAACGCGUUCGGGCUGUUGCUGCUGUUCCAGGGCAUCGCCUCAUUCCUUGGGCCACCGAUGGCCGGUUGGCUGUACGAUUUUACACUCUCGUACGGGCCCGGCUUCCUGAUGGCGGGAUCGACGAUCGCCAUCAGCGGGGUCAUGCUGUUCGCCAUCCCGCUCAUGCAACGGUGCGCGUUGCGUCGCACGGCCAACGGCGACCUCGCGUUGACAGCAACAGGCAGCUCGUAGUAAGCGAGGCCCCCCCGCCCCGUAGUAGAGUCCACAGGACAUCCCGAUCGCGAUCGCGAGCGAAGCAUUACUACCACUAGAGACCUCAUACAUGUCGUCCGGUUCCGGCAGCUCGGUGCGAUCGUAGCCGGGACUUCAUGAGCCGGGUGUGGUUCGUGGGCCACCAUGGUGUCGGUAGUCCAUGGUCCCAAUCUCUGAGGGGACCCGUGCGGGACACGACGGUUGGUAGAGAUUAAGGAGAUUUUGUUUUCGCCACGUUUUCGAGGGGUUUCUGUUCCCCCCCGGCCGAAUAAAUGUCAACCUAACGGUGAGAAGCAAUGCGCCGAUAACAUUUGUCGGCCAACAAAUCGAAGAGAGAAUCAGACGGAAGAGUCUACUGUUCGGGGAGCUUUAUCUGGCAUACCACUGCGUCCACUCAGAGCACUCCACAGAUUGGUUCCUGUCGUUCGAAUGCUGUUUCAUAUUCACCUGCAUACCAUGUUAAGUAUAGUGACUCUUGGAAUUCAUUCGUCUGCUCCACGAUGAUGCGGCACUUGGUUAGAUGCGUCCACAAAACCACGUUCUGGGGCGGAUUUCGUACUUGCUGUCUCACUUAGUUCAUGGAUCUCACUGUCCCGGUACAUGGACCAAUCAGAACGCCCAUUGACGAGUGAAUAUUGCCUGCGAAGACCGUGAAAACUGCUGUGGGCUCAAAUGAUUUUCUCUGCUGGUGGCUUAAGUCUACGUUCAUUGAAUCGUCGGAGCUUGGGUAAAUGCACUGGCAGUGUCUUCGGUUCCUAACCCGAUCGAGAACCUGUAGAUGCGCAGUAAGGUUUAAAGUUGUUGACAGAAUGGAAACGCUUGUGCAUCGACACACUUUAUUCAUUUGCAGCCUGACCUAAUCCGUGCGUCAAGAAAGCUGCUACAUAAAAAACCUAUUCUCUGAUUGGUGCUUAAUAUAUUGACAAUAUAUAAAUAUUGAAAGCA